AAGCUGAGUUUUGCUGCGCCUCCAAGGCUGACACACACACAAAAAAAAGAAAAGAAAAGACAGGGGAAUGUCUUAAAUUGGGGAGCAACAAAUUCUUGGGAUUCAAGUGCCUCUUGGUAGUGGUAGGGAAGUUUCUGCGGACAUCUAUACCCAGCCCUCCUCUGAGGCGUCCCUAACACACCUUCCCUCUACCGGAAGCCCAAAGGGCUCAGCAUUUUGUAGGAACAGAGUUGUUCUGGGUUUCUGUUCUUUCUGAGGCGGUCCAAGAGCUCACCGCCCAUUUGCAGAGGCGAGAUGACGACCAGCCUGUGGGUACAAGUCCUGCAACGUUUGAAGGCGGCGGCGGCGGCAGCGGCGGCGCGAGGGCGAGGAAGCCGGUCCCAGGCCCCCAGGCUCCACACAGCAACUGGGGUGAUUUUCCUUAAAUGUGCACUGGAUCCUAAGACCUUCUUGCUCAAAACCCAGUGGCUUCUCAUUGCAGUAGGUAAUUUGAGCAAGAAGAUGCCAUCUCUGUCCAUCAAACGGCCGUGUGCAACCAUGUUAUUUGUACUCUCCUCUCUGUUGAUUCUCUUAACUGUGUCAACACCUUCCUGGUGUCAGAGCGGUCAAACUGCAUCUCCAAAAGCUAGUAACGGGACACCAUUUCCUUGGGAUAAAAUGCGACUUCCUGAGCACAUCAUCCCAGUUCAUUACCAUCUCAUGAUCCAUGCGAAUCUCACCACUCUAACCUUCGAGGGCACCAUAGAAAUAGAACUCAGAGCCAGCCAGCCCACCAGUACCAUCAUCCUGCAUAGUCACCAGCUGCAGAUAUCUAAGGCGGCCCUCAAGAGGGGAGGUGGAGAGAAGCAGCCUGAAGAACCGCUGAGAGUCCUGGAAUACCCACCUCACGAGCAAAUUGCCCUUCUGGCCCCCGAGCCUCUGGGUGUUGGACUCCCGUACAGGGUGGUCCUUGAGUAUGCUGGCAAUCUUUCUGAGACAUUCCAUGGAUUUUACAAGAGCACCUACAGAACCAAGGAAGGGGAAAUGAGGAUACUUGCAUCAACACACUUUGAACCUACUGCAGCCAGAAUGGCCUUUCCCUGCUUUGAUGAACCUGCCUUCAAAGCAAGUUUUUCAAUCAAGAUCAGAAGGGACCCAAGGCACCUUGCCAUUUCCAAUAUGCCACUGGUUAAAUCUGUGACAGUUACUGAAGAACUCACAGAAGACCAUUUUGAUGUCACUGUGAAGAUGAGCACCUACCUGGUAGCCUUCAUUAUUUCAGAUUUCAAGUCUGUUAGCAAGAUGACCAAGAGCAGAGUCAAGGUUUCUGUGUAUGCUGUGCCCGACAAGAUAAAUCAGGCCAAUUAUGCACUGGAUGCUGCAGUGACUCUUCUGGAAUUUUAUGAGGAUUAUUUCAGCAUUCCAUAUCCCUUACCCAAACAAGAUCUUGCUGCUAUUCCUGACUUUCAGUUUGGUGCUAUGGAAAACUGGGGACUGACAACAUACAGGGAAUCUGCUCUGUUGUUUGAUGCAGAAAAGUCUUCUGCAUCAGAUAAGCUUCACAUCACACUGGUUGUGUCCCAUGAACUCGCCCACCAGUGGUUUGGGAACCUUGUCACUAUGGAAUGGUGGAAUGAUAUUUGGCUAAAUGAAGGAUUUGCCAAGUUUAUGGAGUUUGUGUCUGUCAGUGUGACUCAUCCAGAACUGAAAGUUGAGGAUUAUUUCUUUGGCAAGUGUUUUAAUGUGAUGGAGAUAGAUGCAUUAAAUUCUUCACACCCUGUGUCCACAGUUGCAGAGAAUCCUGCUCAGAUUCAGGAGUUAUUUGAUGAUGUUUCUUAUGAAAAGGGAGCUUGUAUUCUGAAUAUGUUAAGAGAAUAUCUUAGUGCCGAUGCAUUUAAAAGUGGUAUUGUGCAAUAUCUCCAGAAGUAUAGCUAUAAAAACACAAGAAACGAGGACCUGUGGAAUAGUAUGGCAAGUAUUUGCCCUGCAGAUGGCACACAAGGGAUGGACGGCUUUUGCUCUAAUGGUCAACGCUCAUCUUUAUCCUCACACUGGCGACGGGAAGGCCUUGAUGUGAAAACCAUGAUGGACACCUGGACCCUGCAGAAGGGCUUUCCCAUGAUAACCAUCACCGUGCGAGGGAGGACCGUGCACAUGGAGCAGGAGCACUACAGGAAGGGAUCUGAUGGUGGUCCCCAAACCGGGUACUUGUGGCAUGUUCCAUUGACAUUCAUUACCAGCAAAUCAGACUCAGUCCAUAGAUUUUUGCUGAAGACAAAAACAGAUGUGCUUAUCCUCCCAGAAGAGGUGGAAUGGAUCAAAUUUAAUGUGGGAAUGAAUGGCUAUUACAUAGUGCAUUAUGAGGACGAUGGCUGGGAUUCUUUGACUGGCCUUUUAAAAGGAGCCCACACAGCAAUCAGCAGUCAUGACCGGGCCAGUCUCAUUAACAAUGCAUUUCAGCUUGUCAGCAUUGGAAAGCUAUCAAUUGAAAAGGCCUUGGAUUUAACCCUGUACUUGAAACAUGAAACUGAAAUUAUGCCUGUGUUCCAAGGUUUGAAUGAGCUGAUACCUAUAUAUAAGUUAAUGGAGAAAAGAGAUAUGAAUGAAGUGGAAACUCAAUUCAAGGCCUUUCUCAUCAGGCUGCUGAAGGACCUCAUUGAUAAGCAGACCUGGACAGACAGCGGCUCCAUCUCAGAGCGAAUGCUGCAGAGUCGGCUCCUCCUCUUCGCCUGCGUGCGCCGGUACACGCCCUGUGUACAGAGGGCGGAAGGCUUCUUCAGAGCGUGGAAGGAAGCCAACGGAAAUCUCAGGCUGCCCAGCGAUGUGGCCUUGACAGUGUUUGCUGUGGGGGCCCAGAACCCUGAAGGAUGGGAUUUUCUUUAUAAUAAAUACCAGUCAUCUUUGUCCAGUACCGAGAAAACAAAAAUUGUAUUUGCACUCUGUGUUAGCCAAGAUAAGGAAAAGCUUCAGUGGCUACUAGAUCAAAGCUUUAAGGGAGAUAUAAUAAAAACUCAAGAGUUUCCACAUAUUCUUGGAACUAUUGGCAGAAACCCAGUGGGAUAUCCAUUGGCCUGGAAAUUUCUGAAGGAAAACUGGGACAAACUUGUACAAAAGUUUGGACUUGGCUCAUCUACCAUAGCCCACAUGGUAAUGGGAACAACAGAUCAAUUCUCUACAAGAGCAAAGCUUGAAGAGGUAAAAGGAUUCUUCAGCUCUUUGAAAGAAAAUGGUUCUCAGCUCCGCUGUGUCCAACAAACAAUUGAAGCCAUUGAGGAAAACAUACAUUGGAUGGAUAAAAAUUUUGAUAAAAUCAGAGUGUGGCUACAAAAUGAAAAGCUUGAACUGCUCUAACAGUUUGUUCCCUGCCAGUUGCUGUGAUCUAUGUUGUUGACUGAAUAUAUUGAAACUAGAGAUGGCUAUUUGGCUCCCGCUGAGGAGGCUUCCUUUUCCUUCAGCUCCUUACUCAUUCAACUAUUUCUGUGAAAAGACUGGCUGUCCACUUUUUCAUCUAUGGGGUAUUGCUACCAUGUGUUUCAUUUACAGGUGUUCACCCACAACAUUAACCCAAGUGGUAGAUUCCCUACUGUGGAGGCACAAAGUACCUUAUUUUUCUCAUUUUAUUUUUCAUACUUAAACCCUUGCUCCAGAUGUGCUUGUCACCCACAGCUGCUUUGUCAGUCUUCUUGGAAGACAGGAGAGUGGGAACUACUGAACAGGGAACCCCUAGAUGAGUGAAGCCAGCGCCGAGUCGGCCUCCCGCUUUCCCUUACGUGUGGCCCAGGGCUGGCUUGUAGGCCCAGCACAUCAGGUUUCCUUGCUCUCUGGCUUUUGGACAGCCUCCCUGGGGGGCUGAUUGGAGCUGGGCACAGGGAGAGGGUAGGGGCUGUGUAUUCCCCUGCUUCCCUGCAGGUUGCCUCCAGCUGACCCCCGCGGAAGAUCUCGGCCCCAGAGAGCCGGCCCUCUUUCCCAUGCAGAACUUCUCCACCUCUGCAUUUUGGUAACUGCUGCUACCUCUCACCCCUUCCGGGUGAAGGGCGAAAUGGGAGCCUGGCUUUUACUAAUCUUGGCUGUACUUGUGGUUUCCACACUGCCUGCCCACACCUGCUUUAAAAACAAACAAAAAGCCUUUUAUGGAACCCUCCUCAGAUAAUCCUAAUUUGAGUGUGCCAUCUGUUUCCUCAGGGACCCUGACUGAUACACUGUCUCUCCUGUAAAAGCACAGGGGCCUCCAGGUCUAGAGGAGAGACCUUUCACUUGAAGGUGAACACUAAAGCUGUCGAUCCUUAGGUGGGUUAGGUUCUCUCCUUAUUGGGCUGAGUCUAUCGUUCCUGAAUAGCUUGUUAUUGGCACUUACUGCCAAUAGCUCUUUGCAGAGUCUCCAAUAAAUGGUAAUGUAUUAUGAAGCUGAAAAUAUUUGCUUAUGUUAGCUAAGCGAGGAUAGUGUGUUGUUGUCUUUGAACUGAAGUCUUUUGAGAGUUUACUAACUUAAAGGAAUAUGAUAUCAAAAAUGUGAAGUUCUAAUAUUCUGUGCCAUCGAGUGACUUUUCUGGACAUAAAUGUGUUUCCAAUUCCAUUUUUAUACAUAUGGUGUGGUUUAAUGGUUUGAAAAAUAAAAAUAAAAACAAAAAACAAAAAUCACUGGUAAUGUCCACUCUCAGGUAUUUUUUUUCUUAAAAACAUACAAAGCCAUGAUUUUAAUGUAAAAUAUCUUUAUUUGUAUUUUAUAUCUUGACUAAUGAAACAUGGAAAUAAUAGUUUUCAGUUUUGGUCACCUGAGGAAUUUAUUUCAUUUGCUUUUGGAAAAGGCCAUUUUCUAGAGAGAUGCAAUACUGCCACAACAAUGUGCAAAAACUUUCCAUAAUAAAAAGUCUGUUAUUUA